ACGAAUGUUUAUCAGUUCUCUAUGUUGAUUUAGUGUUUCUUAGUUCUAUUUAGUUUUACUCGUGAUUUUAUACCGUGCGUUUAGUUUGUUUGAAGUGUUAUUCGUUUCUUACAGAUUAGGCCAUCAUGCUGAAGGCUGUAAUUUUAAUUGGUGGACCUGAAAAAGGAACCCGCUUUCGUCCCCUCUCGCUCGAUACACCGAAGCCACUUUUCCCGGUGGCAGGCAAACCGAUCAUACAACACCAUGUCGAGUCGUGCGUUCGAAUCAAAGAGCUGAAAGAGAUUCUGAUCCUGGGUUUCUAUCCGGCGACACAAAUGCAGCAAUUCGUGAGCAACAUGCAGAACUUGUAUGACGUAAACAUACGCUACCUGCAGGAGUUCACGGCACUCGGAACGGCCGGUGGAAUGUACCACUUCCGGGACCAGAUUCGCUCCGGCAAUCCGACGGCGUUCUUCGUGCUGAACGGUGACGUGUGUGCCGAUUUUCCCCUGCAAGAGCUGUACGAUUUUCAUCGUAGCAAAAACGACAAGGCACUGGUGUCGAUAAUGGGAACCGAGGCAACACGCCAGCAGGCCGUACACUACGGAUGCCUGGUGCUCGGAAAGGACGAAGAAGUUACGCACUACGUGGAGAAACCCCGGGCGUACCUUUCGACUCUCAUCAACUGCGGAGUGUACGUUUGCUCGAUGGAUAUCUUCGGUAAGAUGGGCGCCGUGUUUCACUCGAAGCAGCACGACUACAGCCUGCUGAACAACGGGAACGGCAAGGACAGUGGGCACAUACAGUGGGAACAGGACAUUCUGACCCCCCUCGCCGGUACGGGGAAACUAUACGCUCUGCCAGUCUGUAACUGGUGGUCGCAGAUUAAAACGGCCGGAUCGGCCAUCUACGCCAACCGACACUAUUUGGCACUGUACAAGAAGGCACAUCCGGAGCGGUUGGCCAAUCCUGGGCUCAAGGAAUCGGAAAUAGAGAACGGAAGUCUUAUCUGUAAUAUACUGCCGGAUGUACACAUUCAUCCGACGGCGUCUGUACAUCCGACAGCGACGCUUGGUCCUAAUGUAUCGAUUGGUCCCGGUGUUGUGAUCGGUCCUGGUGUUCGUAUUCGUGAGUCGAUCAUUUUGGAGAAUGCCGUCAUCAAGGACCAUUCCUUAGUGUUGCACAGUAUCGUUGGACGUGGUUCUCAGAUUGGAAUGUGGUCCCGAGUGGAGGGAACACCGAGCGAUCCGGACCCAAACAAACCGUUCGCCAAAAUGGAAAAUCCGCCGCUGUUCAACAGCGACGGUCGGCUUAAUCCUUCCAUCACGAUUCUUGGCUACGCGGUCAGUGUGCCGUCGGAGAUGAUCGUCCUCAACUCGAUCGUGCUGCCGCAUAAGGAGCUGAGUCGCAGUUUCAAAAAUGAGAUCAUCCUUUAACCUUCCCGUCUGCAUCUUCUUGCCAAGGUUUUACCUUUACCAAUAACUAUAGGACAAUUGAUGAAGGGUCGCGAGGACUUACGCGCGGCUGGGAAUAAUGAAAGCGAAUCAAUGGCAGGAAUUUCUCGCCAUUUCAAUAAACACACGAGGUUAUAAAAUAAUUGUGACAACAAAUAAAGCCAUACGUAAACAGUAAAGUUUAACAAAUUGACUGAUUGGCGAAUUGACAGGCACUGAAAGAACAGACAAAUAUCAUAACACGGACGUGUGAAGUUUUACAUACUAUUUUUUGGUAUGCGAAUAUGAC